AUGGUUAAGACCAAGACUGCGCCUGGUCGUCCAGGACUUAAGACCAAGACUGCGUCUGGUCGUCCAGGACUUAAGACCAAGACUGCGCCUGGUCGUCCAGGACUUAAGACCAAGACUGCGCCUGGUCGUCCAGGACUUAAGACCAAGACUGCGUCUGGUCGUCCAGGACUUAAGACCAAGACUGCGCCUGGUCGUCCAGGACUUAAGACCAAGACUACGUCUGGUCGUCCAGGACUUAAGACCAAGACUGCGCCUGGUCGCCAGGACUUAAGACCAAGACUGCGUCUGGUCGUCCAGGACUUAAGACCAAGACUGCGUCUAGUCGCCCAGGACUUAAGAGCAAGACUGCGUCUAGUCGCCCAUGACUUAAGACCAAGACUGCGCCUGGUCGCCCAGGACUUAAGACCAAGACUGCGUCUAGUCGCCCAGGACUUAAGACCAAGACUGCGUCUGGUCGCCCAGGACUUAAGACCAAGACUGCGCCUGGUCGCCCAGGACUUAAGACCAAGACUGCGCCUGGUCGCCCAGGACUUAAGACCAAGACUGCGCCUGGUCGCCCAGGACUAA